AUGAACAAGGAGCAGAAGAACCAAACCAACUUUGCUGGAUUCAUCCUCCUGGGUUUCUCCUCCUCACCAGACUCCCAAGGAUUUAUCUUUCCCAUCUUCCUCUGUAUGUACCUGCUUUGUCUGCUAGGAAAUCUCUUGAUAAUCUUGCUGAUUUUCUCCAACACCAAUCUCCUCCACACUCCCAUGUAUUUCUUCCUCUGUCACUUGUCAUUGGCUGACCUUGGAUUUAGUUCUGCUGCAGUGCCUAAAAUGCUAUACAACUUAUUGACCCAGACAAAAACAAUAUCCUACAAUGGUUGUCUGACACAGAUGUAUUUCUUUGUGAGUUUUGCUGCAACAGAUAACUUUCUACUGGCCUCCAUGGCAUAUGACCGCUAUGUAGCCAUCUGUCGCCCUUUGCAUUAUGCCAGAGUCAUGAGCUUCAAGCGCUGCCUUCUGUUGGCUGCUGGAUCUUGGCUCAUGGCUCAUUCCCACUCUUUGUUAUACAUUCUGUUGGUAUCUGAUUUUACUUUCUGUUCUUUCCGAGAAAUCCCUCAUUUUUUCUGUGACCUCCACCCUUUAUUGAAAAUCUCUUGUUCUGACACCUCCGUUGUUGAUAAGCUUCUUGUCAGUGAAGGUAUAGCAAUUGUCCUUGGGCCUCUCCUACUCAUUCUCUUCUCUUACAUCUUCAUUGUUCUGAAGGUGGUGAAGCUUCCAUCUAGGUCCAAAAAGUACAAAGCCUUCUCUACUUGCAGUGCCCACCUCACCACUGUGGCUUUGUUCUAUGGCACGGUGAUAGGCACCUACCUCCGCCCAUCAUCUUCCUAUUCUGUCUCAAGGUUGAGAGUGGCAUCAAUAUUCUACACAGUAGUCACCCCUAUGCUCAAUCCUUUCAUCUACAGCCUGAGGAACAGUGAGAUACACGCAGCCAUAAAGAGAUUGGCAAGGAAUUGGUUUUAG